ACACGCCGUUCUGAGAUUUGACGUCAUUCUUCGAAGCUGUGGUUAGCAAAAGCACUAUCCCUGCUGCUUGGUCUGGGAUAUUUUAGAAAAGCAUCUUUUCUGUUUUCAAGUACUUUUGUCAGUAAACAUGUCCGCACCUCCGCCUUAUUCUGAGACAAAGGAGCAGUUUCCUCCACCACCUCUCGUGAAUCAAGGUAUGAAUGAAUAUUUAUCUCUAUGUCAAAUUACUUGUAUACGGAAUUGGUUUCCGGAAUGUGAUACUGCUAUCAUCACACUCGUCCUCAUACCACAUUCUAUUCUUUUUGAUGUGCAAACGAGCUGUACAAAAUCGGCUUUGAGACUUGCUUCCUGAGAAUAAGACUAGAAGUAGGGAGAGUUUAUCUAAUUAAUUCCAUUUUCAUUAUUCUAGACACAUCACACAAAGAUUAUCACUUUUAACUAAAGGUUGAGAUUAAAACUAGUUUAAGUUAAUAAUAGAAUAACUGUAAUGCUAAGUAAUAUUGCAUAAUUUUCCCUGAUAUUUUUUCAUUUUAACUUUAUCUUGUUUAAAGAUUAUGACAUUUAUACAUUUCCAGCAGGUUAUUCGUCUUUAACUCCAGCUCCGCCAGCUUAUGGACAGAUUCCCGGACAAACUGGUACCAUGCACUCGAACGUUACUGUUGUAACAACUCAACCCACUGCAGUAUUAGUUCAUCAAUUUCGUGAAUUUCCAGUUCAAAUGAAUUGUACUCGUUGCAAUGCUCAAAUACUCACUGCCACCGACUACGAAGUAGGAGCUCUGACUUGGGUUUUGGCUGCAGAUUAUAUAAAAGCUUCUCAAGCUAUAGACUGCGAAAAUUUACCUCAUUCCUUUACUAUUGAUGAGGUGUUUCAUUUUAGCUUACCAAGAAUUAUUUCAAAGAAUAUAUCAUCGCCUAAUAAUGUUAGAAUAGAGUUUAUUAUUAUCCCUGAACCUGACAAUAUUGAUAAAGAUCAUUUCGUAUUUGCCUCCCGAGACCUUGACAUGUUUGAAAUUAUCCAAAAUCCUUAUCGCAUUGAUAUUUUGGAACUAAAAGAACACGAUGCUGUAACUGCAUCAGUUGAAUUGGAAUACUGUUUCUCAUAUGGAAUAUUUGGUUAUGGUUACUCUACUAUAUUUGCGCUAAGCUGUUUAAAUAAGCCCUUCAAAGAUAUUCUAUCCCAUUGCCUGUUCUUCAGACCCGAAGUAAUAAGUAAAAGAUUAGAUUCUGGAAGACAGUAUAAAAAUUAA